UUGCAUUUUUUUAGUUCUGGGGACUCGACGGCACGAAUUUGGAAUUUGGAGAGUGCAUCGCCAACGAGUUUUCGAAAUUCCCCCAUUAUUCUCAAGCACUGCAUAAGCCGUGAUGGUCACUCUGUUCUCUCCGCAAAGGAUGUCACAUCCCUGGACUGGAAUGCCGAUGGCAGGUUUCUAGCAACUGGUUCCUACGACGGCUACGCUCGAGUCUGGGACACUGAUGGUAAGUCGCCCGUUGUCUCCUUUUCCAAUUAUACAACAAUUAUUUGGGAGGCCCAAACAGGGCAAAUCGUCCAACAGUUUGCGUUUCACCAAGCACCUACACUAGACGUCGACUGGAAAUCGGCCGACACGUUCGCUUCCUGUUCCACCGACACCUACAUUUAUGUGUGUAAGCUGAAGGUGGACACCCCGUUGAAGACUUUCAAGGGGCACGGGAAUGAAGUGAAUGCGAUCAAGUGGGACCCAAACGGAGAGCUUCUCGCUUCAUGUUCUGAUGAUCGGACUCUGAAGGUAUGGGACAUGAACAGUGACCAAUGCAUCCACGAUCUACAAGGUCAUGCAAAGGAGAUUUACACAAUUAAGUGGAGUCCAACCGGUCCCGGGACCGCCUACCCCAAUGCUCAUCUGUGGCUUGCAAGUGCAAGCUUCGACUCCACGGUACGGCUGUGGGAUGUGAAGACUGGCACCUGUCGGCAAACCUUGCAACGACACACAGAACCCGUUUAUAGCGUUGCCUUCAGUCCUGAUGGUCGUUUCCUUGCAACGGGUUCCUUCGAUCAGUGUGUCCAUAUCUGGAACGUUGAUGUGGGUCAUCUUUUCUUCAUUUAA